AUGGAAAUCUUUUUCCAGAGUCGCAUGAGCGAUUGGAGAAGCACUGUGCGCUGCGCGAGGUGAGGGAGCACGCGUCGGAGGCGUAUGGAGAGAUGGCAUCUGAUCAGGUGACGGACGGGGCGGGUGCCUGCUUUUAGGUGCGAAAUUGGCACUGUUGAGACAUUAAGAAGACAGGGGAAGUUGUUGAGUUGGUGGAUCUGCUGUCAAAGGAGAAGUUGCGACAGCUACUGUCUUCAUGCCGAGAGAUGCAGACGCCCGGAACCUGGUCUUGGGGACACAAAUUGCGCUUCAGCGUUGCAAUUCUACCGUCUUCCCUAUCGCACAUACUGCAUGGUCCUUGUUGGGCGUUCAAGUUUACAAUGGCACCGCAGGAAGAUGGCUAGUCGUACCGUCUGCCGCACCUGUGCUGCACAGCGCACAGCAUCAAGAGCUCAACAGAUUGGGGCCAUUGCCACGCUGUCUGCAACAUGGGCUGUCCAUUACGGUGCACGACAACGACGCGGCUAUGCCCAGGCGACCUCAUCGGCACCUCAUGACUCGGCGGGACAGACGCUUCCAAAAGGGCAGGGCAUGCAUGAACAGAGAAAGGCAGCGGCAGAAGCGCGGCUGAGGUCUGUGCUCCAGAUUCUUGGGUUCACUGCCGCAGCUUUGGGGAUAGGCACCUUGUUCUGGGUCAAAGAGCAGCAGAAUCAGCCUUCUCGGAACCCAGGAGGGCUAUAUCCCGACCGUUUCACACCUCUUUUGGUCACUCUGAACCAACUAUGUACUUCUUCUCUGCAGUCCGAAGUCGGCGAUAGUCAUCAUCGGCACCUCGAGCUCGCAUUAGGUCCCGAGUCAACCCCUCUUCUGCCAGAACAAACGAGGGACGAUGGCCUGGAAAUCUUUUCGAUCUACAUCAAGCAGCCCGACAUCCAGAUUGAGCGGGCAUAUACCCCCCUCUACGCUCCAAGGGAUGCUACGUCGUCUGGAAAAAUCGACUUGUUGGUCAAGAAAUACGAAAAUGGAGAAAUGGGCAAGUAUAUCCAUAGCAGGUUGAUCGGCCAGCCACUAGAAGCGAGAGGAUGGCUCAAGACUUGGGACGCAGGGUGGCAUCCUUACGAGAUUGACCACAUCUACUUCCUCGUCGCUGGUACUGGCAUCACUCCCGCUUACCAGCUCAUCAAUUCUGUCCUGUCCAACCGACCGUCUUCUUCCACGCGGUUCACGCUCUUUUACUCAGCACCGCAGCCUGCGUCGUUCCUGCUGCUUCCGGAACUGGAGCAACUCCGAGAGGCAAAUCCCGAUCGGCUGCGCGUCGAACUAUGGGCUGAGGACGCAAGCUCUCUCAAGGCGCAUCGGCUCGGGGUCUGGCCAACAAUUGCUCGAGAGCUGCGAGGGAUGGUGGUGAGGGAAGGGCGGAUCGCACUGCCAGACUUGCGAAAACGUCUCUGUCGCACCGAGCCCGGCUCGGUCGUCCUGGUAUGCGGGCCUGAUGGCUUUGUGUCCGCAAUUGCAGGUCCACUGUCGAGAGAUGGCCAAUCUCAAGGCCCGCUUCAGGGUUACUUGGCUGACCUUGGAUCCUCACCGUAUCAAGUUCACAAACUAUAGGUGUAACUUAGUGAGAAAGACGGACAGACAGUGAACGAGGGGU